UUAUUAAAAAUGGGAAUUUGGUGGAAUUAUAAAUCCAGAUGAAAACGUGCAACCAAGAAAAUCAUAAUUCCACCGAAUCCCCUGAAUCCAUGAAUUCCAUACGUCCAAACCCACCAACAACCAAAAAUAACUCUAUUCCAGGUAUAAAACCAAUCGGAGCAUUAUUUCCAAUAUUAACCUUAACCUCAUUAAUAAACUACGGAAGGUCUGAAGUACCAGACAGCAAAAAGAAGAACGAAAAAGAAACCAUGGAUCAGAAUGAGUUUAAGCGCCUUCUAGAUCUGUUCCCUGUUGUCCGUUCUCGUGAUUACCAUCCAGACUCAGAUUCAAAGGAAUCAACUUCACGGACAACACAGGAUGAGCUGACUGAAUGGCGGAAUAAUUGGGAUUUGGAUGAAGAGAAUACUAGAGAAACUGAGGUUUUAGGGAUUAACCAUCAAGAUGCGUUUUGGGAGAGAUUAAAAUUGGCAGCAGAGAAGAAGGUUGGUCCAGAAUCUGCUGAGAAAUUCUGCAAGGCUUUCCAAACCAUUUACAAAAAACUUGUCUUCAAUGAACUUAGUGAAGAUGCUGCACAGAGAUUUAUAAAUUCUACAUCAAAUUUCAGAGGGUAGCAAUUUAUGCCUUUCUGAAAACAAGAUACAUGAAGUUAUCAUGACAUUUCCUCUGGGAGAAAAUUAAAGUGGUGAAAAAGGUUUUAAAACUGAAAAUUCUAUGUACGCAUGGUAUUUAGCAAUGCUGCGAAAAGAAAGAAUGCGACUGAUGUUAGAAAUUUGUAUUUUAUUAAUUUGUUGAUCCCAAACAAUUCUGACUGCUGGUGUUCUAGGUAAAAUUUGUGGAAUUCCUAAGUUGACUGAAUUGAGUUGUUAUGAUCGAGGGAUAAAUUUGAAGAAACAGAUAUGAAACAUGUAAAUUGCAUUUUAAUGAAAAUUACAGUUGCAAAUUUGUUAAUUU